AUGGGCACAAUGGGGAGAAUAUGCAACACGAUAAACGACUUGAAGCCAGCAAUGAUGAUGGUGACGGCUCAGAUUGCAAUAGCAGGAGUGAAUAUUUUCUGCAAAUUGGCUGCAAAUGAUGGAAUGAGCUUGAGGGUUUUGGUCGCCUAUAGAUUCAUGUUUGCUACUGCUACUGUUCUUCCUCUUGCUCUCUGUAUUGAAAGAAAGAAAAGGCCAAAACUGACAUGGACGGUGAUCGGGCAAGGAUUUACUUGUGCACUCUUUGGGGGAUCAUUGGCACAAAAUUUUUAUGCCCAGAGCUUGGUGUUAACCUCGGCAACUUUUGCAGCAGCUAUAACUAAUCUUAUUCCAGCCAUCACCUUCAUCAUGGCCAUAUUAUUCGGGUUGGAGAGGCUGGGCUGGGGUACUAUGGCAGGUAAAGCAAAGAUUGUGGGAACAUUAAUGGGCAUAGCUGGAGCAAUGCUCCUCACAUUCUACAAAGGGAUUGAGAUUAACCUGUGGCCAACACAUGUUGACCUUUUGCAUGAGGGUCAGCAUCAAGUUGGACACGUGGCAGCAUCACACCAUAAGUCUAUUAAUCACAUCUUGGGUCCUUUAUUGGCUUUAGCAUGUUGUUUCUCUACUGCAUUUUCUUUGAUGAUUCAGGCAAAGAUGAGUCAGAGGUAUCCUUGUCAUUACUCCAGUACUGCUUUGAUCUGUAUGAUGGGAUCACUACAAGCCGUUAUUUUUGCUUUUUGCAUGGAGAGAGACUGGCGUCAAUGGAAGCUUGGGUGGAACAUCAGACUCCUCACAGUAGUUUACUCUGGAACCAUUGCCUCAGGACUGAUGGUUACGUUCAUUAUGUUUUGUGUACGCAUGAAGGGUCCUCUAUUUGUAUCGGUUUUUAGCCCUCUUAUGCUUGUUGUCGUGGCAAUUGCUAGCUCUUUGUUAUUGAACGAGAAAUUACACUUUGGAAGUGUGGCAGGAGGUGGAAUUAUAGUAUGCGCGUUAUACUUGGUGCUUUGGGGAAAAAGCAAGGAAAUGAAAAGGAUUGCUCAAUUGAUGCCAUCGAAAAGUUCUAGAGAAAGUGAUCAAGUCGACAAUGUAGUCACAUCUUCAGUAGAAACUAGAAAACGCAUCAGCAUUAGCAACAUAAUAGGAGUUGCUCCAAAUUUCCUCACUAUGACAGACACAGAUGGAUCUGACAAUGAAGAAGAAGAAGAGAAUGCCGAAAAAAAUCCUAACCCAAAUGUGAAGGUCUAG